UUAGCAGAUAAGCUAAAGACAUCAUCGCUGUUUCACAUCAUGAUGAAAAUGAUCGUGAUUCUGAUGAUCCUCUCCAUAUUUGCAACUUGCACAGCGAUGCCAGACUCCGAGCCCAUCAAGCGCAGCUUCUCCGGCUUAGGUUGCAUGGGGGUCUACGACAAAGCCAAAUUCGCCCGUCUGGAGCGAGUUUGUGAAGAGUGCUAUCAGAUGUUUCGGGAAUCCGAUGUCUAUACGGCUUGCAGGGCGAAUUGUUUCAAGAAUGACUUUUUUAACCAAUGCAUCAGUGCCUUGCUGCUUCAGAAAGAUCAACAGCGCCUGGGAAGUAUGGUGGAAGAGUUGUAUGGAAGAUGAAAUGGAGAGCAUUUUCCCAUCAAUAUUCCCCAUUAAACUGUUCAACAACAAGCUUCGUGUAAAAUCAAAUCAUUUUGGGAGGAGUCACUAAUAAACCUUUAGCAUAAAAACAUAUAA